GAUAUUCCUCAAGGCGGCAUAGGGCAGAGCGGAGCAGGAGUGGGGAUAGGGGUGCUGCGGUCGACCGCAGUGCUGGGAGUCAACGAAGGUGGAACAGUUGUGAAGAUCGCAGUGGGGAAAGGAGUCGCGACAGAGGAGAGCACCGCUAUGCAGCCUCCACCCACUUGUCUCGGCGAUCGGGGAAGCAAUCAGCUCGGCGAAGUAGUCGCUGUAGUAGUGCUUCGCAUCAUAGGCAACAUCAUGGCACUUCUUCUCACAAGUAUAGCUCCAACAACAGCACUGGUGCUGGUCCUCCGCGUGAAAGCGUCUCUCCCACGAAAAUGUACGCGAGUCUUAGGCAUGAGACCGAGAGAAAACGAUCUCUUUUCUCUGGGAUCAAGACGAACGAGGUGGAGGCACCGCUCUUCCACUACCACAUCUGGUGCUGUCCCUCAUUAGGCUGUAACGACUGCGUGCGACGGUGGAGGCGACGACUUGGCUUCGCUGCAGUCGUGAAGCAAGGCGUAAAACAGGAUCAGAGCAGAGGACCUCCGCAGAUCCCACCAGUUAAGGGUUGGAAGUUGACCUAUCAUCUAAGAGCAUCUCUAUGGCAGUCUCUUCAAGUAGGAAAGCCAUCGAUAUGCGAGCUAGAGCGGUCAACUUUUAACCCCUAAACCAGGAGACUCCACAAGGAAUGCGCCUGCACCUCCUUCCUCGAGAUUGAGUGCAGACGAAGCACCUCCAGUUGCGUCGCAGCACGCUGUGGUCUCAUCUUCAUCUUCAGCACAAGCUAGUAGUAGAGGCGCAGCUGUUCUUGUAACGUCUGGUAGAAACAACCCGGUUUUUAGCAGUAGUCCAC